AUGCAUGAAACCCCAAGCACGGUGCCCAGCAUUUACCGAGCUGGAACGCAGGUCGCGCCCGCAACUACGACGCCCGCGUCCCGAGGGCUGGUUCAGAGACCCGCCGUGAACGCUAGAGACGGGGCAGAUCCCGCGAGAGCCGGCCUUCCCCACACGCCGGCGUCACGACCCCGACGGCGAUCAAAGACGGGCGCGGCGACCCGGGCGGUGCCAGGGCGGACGCCGUCCCCUGACGGGAGCGCGACUUCCAGCCGGCGAGCGAACCCCGGACUCGCGGCCAGGCGGGCGGGAGUGGGCGGGCCGCGCCGGCGCCAGGCGGAAGUGGGCGGGCCGCGCCAGGCGGAAGUGGGCGGUCCGCUGCUUUCCCGUCCGGAGAGGCCGCGCCCCCCGCGCGCUGGCGGGACAGCUGACUGCAGGACCGGCGCCUGCGCACAAGGAACCGGCGCCGAGGCUGUUUCCGGGGGCGGGGAGCGCCAGCGGUGGGGAUCCCUUUACCGUCCGGGGCGGCGGACACGGAAGUGCGGGACCCGAAGCGUUCGCAGGAGCUCGUGUGCUGCGCGGCUGCGGGCCGAGAUGGAGCCGGGCGCGGCGGCGGCGGCGGCGGAGGGUCGCGAUGGUCUCCGGGAGCGGCGAGGCGUGUCGGAGGCCGAGCGGCAGCCGCAGUCCGGGGCCAACGGUCUCCCCAAACACUCGUACUGGCUGGAUCUCUUCUUCUUCCUCGUUCUGGACGUGGUGCUGUUCGUCUUCGUGUAUCUUCUGCCGUGACUGGUUUGCUGACAACUAAGUGAACACGUCGACUCCUGGAGUGAAUUCUGGAAAUGACCACAAACUUCUUGAACAAGGAAGACAGGAUUGUGCAGUGGAAGAAUUUCAAAACUCUAUGGGACGUUGCUUUCAUUUUACCCUUUCUUUUUUCAUUUUACUUUCUUUCUCAUUUGGAGAACCCCAUUAAAUGGGUAGGAUCUCGCUCAUUCACACCCAAGUUCUUAAAACUAGACCCUUGGCUUCAUGUUUAAGAACUUUUGCAAGCAUCUGAUGGCUUUACAGGGGUGGAAUAUAAUAAAUUAUUUGUACUUAAA